UUGUCGAUCAGUUGGUCAUAUGGCGAACCGCGUAACGAUACAGCCCCCUCUUCCUAGUAUUGUAGCGGCAUUCACAGGUAUAUUUCAUGUGAUCACCCAGGUGUUGAAGGAGCAUGUCUCAGGUAUACUACAUAUGGUUAGCUGUGUAUAUCUUCAAGCCGGUCCUCUGUGGACAUUGUAGUAAUCAAACAUGUGACGUUCUGGACACCUUGUUGGGAUCUUACCAGAAGAAUAUGCACCCUCGCUGUGACACACCUGUGGAGAUAGACCUAGGCCUGGCACUCAGACAAGUUGUCAGUCUGGCUGAAACCAGGCAGAUUUUGACAAGCAACGUUUGGAUACGUCUAAAUUGGACAGACUGUCGACUGGCGUGGAAUGUGACCGACAUGAAGGGGACGGCGAUUGUUUACGUUCCGUUCGACCGUAUUUGGACCCCAGACAUGACUCUGUAUGACGACACUGCCUUUGGAAGCAACAUAGCCAUGUCUGAGAGGAAGUUCCAUAAGCUAGCCGUGACCAGUGAUGGUAUGGUGUCACAGAAGUUCCCCACCGUCCUCAGCAGCAUCUGCCAGGUCGACGCCACCUACUUCCCCUUUGACAAGCAGGACUGCCCCCUGCAGUUUGGCUUGUGGGUAUAUGAUGACUCCGUGGUUGUUCUGAACAGCGACAUGGAUGGUGACACAACCUCUUACCAAGAGAAUGCUGAAUGGGAUCUGACUGGGAUUGGAGCAAUGAAGUGGCCUUAUUCAUUCAAUGGUUUAAACUACAGCACCGUCACAUACACUGUGUCCAUUCAAAGACGACCAGCGUUUUUCAUGGUCACAUUUUUCUUCCCCUGUUUCCUGAUCUGUAGUAUGUCGAUCCUUGGGUUCCUCCUUCCACCAGCCUCAGGAGAGAAGGUCGGACUGCAGGUCACCCUGCUGCUGUCUCUCACAGUGUUCCAGUUCCUCACACUCGACACGCUGCCACCAAACUCCAAACCAUUGCCACUCAUGUGCAUUUAUCUGGUGCUCAUCAUGCUUCUGGCGAGUGCAUCAUGCGUGCUGGCUGUUGUGGUUCUCAGGGUUCAUAUGAAGGGCGAGCAGGGCUGGAAGGUUCCGUCUCUAGCACGGUCUCUUCUCAUCAACAAGCUUGGCCGCCUACUACGGGUGAAACGGCCACACAUUCUCAGAGAACAUGCAAAUGGUAUCCUAAAUAAAGAUAACCAAACAGCAAGUGUCAGAGAGUCAUCCCUGCCGCACACCUCUGAAGCAGCAUCUUCAACAGCAUCAUCUACAGAGUUGGGGGUCGUCUUGACUUCAUUUGAAAAGAUCUCAAAGAAUCUGAAUCAUCUGCUCAAACAUCUCAAUGAUGAGAAGGAAGCACAUGAUUCGAUGGAAUACCAGGACUGGCUUACCAUCGCAUUCACCCUGGACCGAAUGUUCCUCAUCCUGUAUGCGGCCCUGUCUGUCAUCACCUUCAUCAUCUUCCUGAUUCAACUCUCAACAUGAUUCCAUUGGAGUCGGACGGACAGUUUAUAGCUCCAUGGCCAAUAACACAGUUUGUUGUGUUUUUCAUGGCCUUAUGGUCAAUAGUACCGUUUGUUGUUAUUUUCAUGGCCGUACGGUCAAUAACACAUUUUGUUGUGUUUUUCAAGGCCGCAUGGUCAAUAGUUCCAUUUAUUGUGAUUUUCAUGGCCUUGUGGUCAAUAGUACAGAUUAUUGUGUUUUUCAUGGCCUUAUGGUCAAUAGUACAGUUCAUUGUGUUUUUCAUGGCCUUAUGGUCAAUGGUACCAUUUAUUGUGAUUUUCAUGGCCUCGUGGUCAAUAGAGCAGUUUAAUGUGUUUUUCAUGGCCUUAUGGUCAAUAGUACAGUUCAUUGUUUUUUUCAUGGCCUUAUGGUCGAUAGUACAGUUCAUUGUGUUUUUCAUUGCCUUAUGGUCAAUAGUACCAUUUAUUGUGAUUUUCAUGGCCUCGUGGUCAAUAGAGCAGUUUAAUGUGUUUUUCAUGGCCUUAUGGUCAAUAGUACAGUUCAUUGUGUUUUUCAUGGCCUUAUGGUCAAUAGUACAGUUCAUUGUGUUUUUCAUGGCCUUAUGGUCAAUAGUACCAUUUAUUGUGAUUUUCAUGGCCUCGUGGUCAAUAGAGCAGUUUAAUGUGUUUUUCAUGGCCUUAUGGUCAAUAGUACAGUUCAUUGUGUUUUUCAUGGCCUUAUGGUCAAUAGUACAGUUCAUUGUGUUUUUCAUUGCCUUAUGGUCAAUAGUACCAUUUAUUGUGAUUUUCAUGGCCUUGUGGUCAAUAGAGCAGUUUAAUGUGUUUUUCAUGGCCUUAUCGUCAAUGGAAUAGUUUAUUGUGUUUUUCUUGGCCUCGCGGUCAAUAAGACAUGACACAUUUUUACGGAUAACAACUUCUUUUAUUCUUUAUAACGACAUUUCAUGACUGCUUCUUGCCCCUUCAUCGGGUGCAUACUGAGUAAGUGUAAUGAGUAUAUAUACGUGAUGAUAUCUUUACACAUAGCUAAAUACCUUUCAAAGAUUUUAUGGUCAAUAGCACAGCUUAUUGUGCUUUACAUGGCCUUAUGGUCAGUUGUACAUUGUGUAUGUCGUGGUCGUAUUGUUGACAGUACAGUUUGUGUUUGGUUUCAAUGUUAUACACAUGUCGCAUUAGACUGUCACUAUCGCGCGAUGUCACAGUGAAAGUGCAUAGAUCAUUGACUACAAUUACAGGUAAAUGUUAAAUGUAUAAUGUCAUGCCAUUAUCAAUUCACUAUAAGUUAUGGAUAAAAAGUUCAUUUUAUGUUAUGGUAUUUUAUGGUAUGUUUCACAACCCAAAUUUGCAUUUGAAUAAAGGGAAUUAUUGGUAUUUGUUCUCAGGUACAAUUUACCAAUAUCAUAGACCUUUCAUUUUAGUGAAAUAAAACACUGAUAUUGCC